AUUCUCCAUAUUGAUCUGAGAUCCAGUUAAAUUGGUGAUGAAGAUGUAUCAGAUUUAGGUGCUUGUUUAAAUAUUUGCAAUAAUCUCUAAAAUUUGACUCUUGAUCUUUGUAAGAAUUAAAUUGGUGCAAAAGGUGUAUCAGACUUAGUUAUUGGUUUAGCAAAUUGCACUAAUCUCUCAAAUUUGACACUUGAUCUUCAUGAGAAUUAAAUUAAUGAUUAAGGUGCAUCAGACUUAGGCUCUUGUUUAGCAAAUUGCACUAAUCUCUCAAAUUUGACACUUGAUCUUCGUAGUAAUUAAAUUUGUGAAAAAGGUGCAUUAGACUUAGGUUCUGGAUUAGCAAACUGCACUAAUCUCUCAGAUUUGAUACUUGAUCUUAGAUAAAAUUAAAUUAGUGCAAAAGGUGCAUCAUAUUUAAGCUCUUGCUUAGCAAAUUGCACUAAUCUUUUAAAUUUGACACUUGAUCUUGGAUACAAAGCUGUUGAUUUAGUGUAAAAAGAAAAAGCCAAUUAAACACUCCAACCAGUAGAUAAUGGAAAUAAGUUAUUUGAUUUAAUCAGGCUUUGGUGGAAAUUUGAGUAUGAUUAAAAAAAUAUAAAUUAAUUUAAUUAUGAGAAAACAAAGCAAAUUUCUCCUUAAAAGCCUACUAGCAUUAGUAUUAAUUAAUAGAAAUUCUCAGUUGAUUCUAAAUAUGAAAAUAAAGAUUCUUGCGUCUAAUAAUAACUCAUAAAAGAUGAUAAUGACUCUGAUUUUAAGAUCAUGAAUUCUGCAUUUGAGAAAGGAAAUUUUAAUGAUUAGUACAAAGAUUAAAUUAAAAAUGAUAUAAAAAGGUUCACUCAAGUAAAACAAAAUAUUAAUUUAGACCUUUUCUAUAAUCCAAAAGAUGAUAAAAGCUUUUAUAUAAUUAUAAAUGAUGAAAAGAGGAAAAAUUAUGGAUAUUUAACAGUUUUAGUAACUGAAUAACAAUACCAAGUAAUUGAUUUUCUCAACUUUGAAAAAAAAGAUUCAAUUUUAUAAGAGUUUUCAAAUAAGACUAAAUUACUUGAUUUAAUUAAGAUUUGGUGGAAAUUUGAAUAUCUAUAGUCUAAUAACAAAUGA